ACCAGAUUUGACGGGGUAUAAAAAAUAGCCGCUUGGGUUUGGACUCUAAACUUUUACCGUUCCUGCUUGGGGAAUCCAUUUAGGCCUUUCUGCCUGCUCUUGCAGAUCACCGUGUAAUGCAAAAGCGUAUCUGGAAGAACCUGCAAGAGCCCUGCUAUGAAGCUCAACGAAUUACUAAGCCACAGGAUGUGGUCUGCCAUUCCAGUGAAAUCUGUCCCUUCCUCUGUUCUCCCCCGUUUAGGGCAUUAUGCUUCCCUCUCUGCGCUACCUCUGCCAGCGUGUGCCCCAUAUACCCAUAGCCAGCGUGGGUCUGGUACAUAGAUAUUUAUCCUGGGAAAACGAGCAGCGGUGCCGAGAACUGCUAGAGGCAUCCACUGUCCAAUACCAGAAAGAAACCAUGAGAGCAGCUGUGCUGGUGUCUCUGUGCUCUGUGGCUGGGGACCCAGCUAUCCUGUACACUCUACGUUCCAACACUCUGACUGGUUACAAAGGAGAAGUCAGCUUCCCAGGUGGUAAGCGUGAUGACUCUGACCAGGAUGCCGUCACCACAGCACUCCGGGAAACCCAUGAAGAGCUGGGUGUACAAUUAAAGGAGGACUGUGUCUGGGGAAUCAUGAGACCUCUGCCUGAUAGGACUAAUAUGAUGGUGGCUCCUGUACUAGCAAACUUGGGGCCUCUGGAGGACGUGAUACUGAAGCCUAACCCCCAAGAGGUUGAGGCUGUCUUCACAUUGUCCUUCUCCCACUUGCUGCAAGAGAAGAACCAGGGCUAUACCCACUUCUGCCGCAACGGUGUCUACAGCUACACAAUGCCUGUCUUCCUGCAUGGUCCUCACCGUGUAUGGGGUCUUACGGCAAUCAUGACUGAGCUGACUCUGGAGUUGCUAGUUCCAGGAAAAUACCGCAGGCGGACUUAUGUUGUGGGUCGGUGCUGACUAUUGGCUCGAAUUCACACUUGGGUCUCUAAGAUCUCCUCCUGUUUUCCAUAUUUGUCAAAGGACUCCAGAAUUGAUGAUCUCAUCAGCCAGGUGCUGCUCCUUUUCCUUGCCACAAGACUCUUUCAAAACUCAGCUCAGCUCAGUUCUGCAUAGCAUGAAAAAGCAGUUUCUCUCUCCAGCCCACCACCCCAGAAUGUAACCGUUACAUUACUGGGGAAAGGCAGAGUUCUACUGUCGGUUGUUGAUUGGUCUUAUCCUCAAUAAAACCUGGAUAAACAAGGACACAGGGAACCUCAUGCAGGUUUCUGUUUUGGCAGGUCUAUGUGUACUAAAGAUAAAACGUAGCAGGUUUUAAACCCAAAGAGAUCCCAGACAUCAAAAAUCAUCCUGGUUUUUGUUUUUUGUGUUCUUUUGAUAAUGUCAGUAACUUCAUUCAGAAAUACUGUAUUGACAGGCUAGGUAAAACAAGUGUUUGCCAAAUUGGGCACUGACCUUUUAAGGUAUUCAGGUAAUAAGUGCCAGCCAUACAGGGUAGGGGAAAAAUUGUGAAUGAAUAUUGAUCCCUAUUUCUAUCACAUCUCCACCAUUUCCUUGUCAUGAGGAAUGUCAGUUUAGGUCUCCAUGCCAAUUUAAUAAAAUCUGCAUUUCAAUUACAGAGCUGUAUGUAAAUCUAAGUGGUAUGCAAGAAACAGUAUUUAAAUAUCUCUUCCAUUUUCAAUCAGAUCAAAUCAGAUUGUUUGGGAUAUAGGAAGUCUAAUCUAGUUGAUUCCUAGUUUUUUGAGACAUGCAGUAUUCUCACUCUGCCUUCCUAGCCCCCUAAAAUAGCAGAAUGAGUCACACAUUGCUACCCCAAGAAGACAUAAUUCUCAUUGAGGCUAUUGCACAGCUUGUAGAAUUAGGCAUCUUUUAAGAUAUUUGUAAACUGGUAGAACCUUGGUUGUGAUAGCAAUCUGAGUUCCUUUGUAUGGUGGUCAUGUUGUUCCCACUGUGAUUUCUCCUAGACUUAUUCCCAACACCUUAGCAGACAAUGAUACAAUUGGAGUUGAAAACCAGGGGUUCAAAUAUUUCUCUGGUGUAACAAUUCCAAAGUGUAGGCAAUUACAGAGAUGAUACGGAUUUUUGAACAGAGGUUCACACCACAAAUGUUGUGUAUCCCUCCUUGGUGGAGAGCAACGAAUAUUGGUGUGUUAGGAGAAAGUCUGAAAAUAACAUGGUAGAAGUGUAUAGGUCUGAGUGGAUAUUGUAGCUUAAGAGACAGAAACUGAUAGUUUAUAAAUUGAAUGUGGCUUUUGGAAAAAAUAAAAGUAUCAGUGAAUACACGAGGUGGACAGUCUUGUUUUACAGUAACAAGGCCACCAGCUACUUUCAUAUGUUGAACGUGGGAAGAGGAGAAUCAUGCCUAAGAGGAGGCAAUAGAAAAGUGAUACUAAAUUUAAAUUUGUUUAAUAAAUAAAUACCAGUCCUGCCCUGAGGUCACAUCUAUCCAUUGAGAGUAGAAAUAUGGGCAUGGGAAGUCUCCACAAACAGGCCUCCCUAGAAGCUUGCACUGCAGUCCUAGAAGAGUCUAUAUGCGGUGUCCAGCAUGGUCUGAAAGGCAGGGCCUCCACAGAAGGUUGCACUGCAGUCCCAAAAGAGACUAUAUGUGGUGUCCAGCACUGUCUGCAAGGCAGGGCAGAAUGACAAAGAGCACUGUGAGGUCACAAGGAAAGCCCCACUCCUUUUGUGCAUGUGUCAGGACAUGACAUGCACUUCCAAAAGGGGCAGAGCUUGCAGCAGGACCCUGCUUCAGUUGUUUUGAUGAAAGUGGCCCUUUGUGGCAGUAUCCACAUGCAAAGACUUCCCUUUCUCAAAUAUAUACAGCAUACAAACAUUAAGCAAGGGAACCAUGCAAUGUUGUGGCAGAUGCCUCUGUUUAGGAGAGGAUCCCCUCUUUGUGAUUUUACCAUGGAUGGCUUAACAUUGUUCAGUCUUGGGGAACAGCUCUAUAAUUAAGGAGUGAGUGCUAACUGAAUGGAAGUUCUAUUUGUUUUAAAACUACAGUGAUUUGUCCACUCACUAUGAAAUUCAGUAUAGAGGAUUUUCAGAAUAAUGUGAAUAAGUUGGGGGCUGUUGCUCCAAAGAAAUCUUGUAUUAAUCUGCCGGUUUGGUCCUGUUAAGCUGAUUUCCACAAUUAGUUGUCUCAUAAGGGGUCCUAAUCUCUUGCACAGAGGCUGAGUUCACACGUUGGGAGAAACCUGUAUUGAGUUUAUCUGAUUUUAGCUUAGCAGAAGAUUAAUCCAGCAGACAAAUGCAACUAGAAUUUAAGCUGCACUGUUGAGAGAUUGACCUGCAAUUCUGGUUUCCUGUAAGAACUUAACUGUUUCUGACCAGGACAGGAGCACUAUUCAUGAAAGAACUCUCUUGUGAAGUGUCACUAACCAGAAUAAUCUAGCUCACCUGAUAAUAUUUAGGUUAUGUAUUUCUUUCCAGUUCUUCUAGUAAUGUUUAUAAUCAAAGUUGCAUUCAAUAGGUGGCACUGUUGCUUUAAAGCAGGGCUUUUCAAACCUUUUCGGAUCAUGGAACCUGUUAGUUUUUUAAAAAUUCCCCAACUCCUGAUCAAGAGGCAAAGCUAGUUAAGAAAAUUGGCUGCAUUCGAGUUAACUUUUUGUUUGUUUGUUUGUUUGUUUGUUCUUAGUCUCUCUCAAGUUCUUAUGCAACCCUAGGGUUCCCCAGAACCCAGUUUAGAAAUCCAGGGGCUUCCUUCCAGUUGACUGGCCUGUAAUUUUUUGCUGCCAGAGGAGGUGACACUCCAAAGAGCAGCCCACUUUUCUUGCUGGCAUUCCCCCCUUCCCCCGCCUAGAAAAAUGUAAGGCUUGCCUGCCCCUUGCAGGCUGGUCUUCUGGUAUGAGGAAGUCAUCAGCUUCUCUCUGGAGAGGUCAGGAGCAGAAAUGCCCUGCCUGGGCUAGACUCAGAAAUGCCCUGCCUAAUUCCAAGCAUGAACUUCUUUGGGACUGCAGAGGGUGGGCUCUUUCAAGGUUAUUGAAUGGAAUGACAGAAACCUCUUCCCUCUCCAGAAACAAAUCCAUUUCAACAUGUACUUUUCUCUCUCUCUCUGAACUAACAACUAUUGCAUAAUCAGGAUGUAAAGAAUGCCAAUGCACUGAUUUUCUCCUGAAGUAUUUGUAUUUGUUGUCUUUUGCUGUGGUUAUCGCUGGUAAAUUGCUUGAAUGUCAGAUCUUUAAAUGGGAAUUUCUUUAGACA